GUCCGUUCAAUCAGCGUUCAAUAACGAUGAUGACAAUCUGACAAUGACACAACCUAAUUCUUGAUGGACGUUUCCACAAUAUUGUCAAGCUGUUAUUGAAAGUCUAUUGCCUUGAUCAUUAAAUGAGAAGGGAAUUAUUGUUGAAAUUUGAAAUGUUUGUAAACUGAUAGUUUUUUACCUGUUUUAAUAUAAUUUUACAAGCGAAAAACAUGGAUACAGAAGAGGAUAAAUUUACUUUGAUUCAAACUGAAGUUAGGACUUCCAAAUCCAAAGUUAAUUCUGCUGCGGACAAAAAAUCUCCGACUCUUCGACGAAGAAAUGUAAUAGACACGAGUGCGACCUGGUCGGAUGUUGUAGAAAAUGGUGUUGAUCAGUCCAAAAUUAUUAAUGAGAUGGCACUGGAUACAGAAAAAGUAUGGAUUGCCGAUACUGUUCCUCAAAUGCCUGAAAUUCCAGAUUUGAAUUCACCAGAAGUAUUUACACAAAGGGAACGAAUGAAGAUAAAAGUGAUUCAAGGAACUGUAGUGGAGAAGAAUCUUACUUUUGGCAGACUCAAACUUCUUGGUGUUAGCAGCGAAGGAUUUGUCUGUGAUGAUGUACGAAGGGAACUCUGGCCAAAACUCUUGAGAUUACCGGACCAAGAAUUGCCGUUUGUAGGGGGACUGGAAACAGUUCAUACACGUAUACCUUCUGAGGUUUAUCAGCAAAUUUUAAAGGAUGUGGCCAGAAGUGGAGGACACUUGUCUCCCAAGGCGACGGUUCAAGAGAUUCAACUAUUUCAUGAAGAGUUGACGCAACUAAUGUGCUGGGUUCUAUACCGAAAUCCACAUUUAAACUAUUAUCAAGGAUACAACGAUGUGGCAGCGACAAUUCUCAUAGUGAUGGGACUGCAGAGAGGCUUGUACAUUUUAGAAAGAAUUUCUUUAAUAUUUUUGGAAAGAUUUAUGGAGAAAACUAUGGAAAAAGUGAACCAAGAGUUGUUUUAUAUAUUUGCAUUGCUGGAACGAGAACAUCCGACACUUCUAGAACAUUUGGAGAAUGUAGAAUUGUUUCCACAUUUUGCAUUAGCUGAGUACACAACGUGGUACGCGCACAAGUACGCCGAGAACAGGAAAUUGCUGCACAGACUAUUUGAUUACUUUCUUGGAAGUCCAACUCUGAUGCCUCUCUAUUUGAGUACAAUAAUAGUGGCGCACAGAGCCACAGAAAUCUUCAACACCACACCAGAUAUGGGCCACACUCACAAAGUACUCUGCACGCUGCCUGAAGAUUUGCCAUUUGAAACACUGCUAGUCAACGCAACGAAUCUGUAUCGUCAGUAUCCUCCAGAAUCGAUAAAGAAUGAUGUUCGGGAUUAUGACUUCAAGAGGCGACGCAAGGAGCAAGAGUGGAAGGCGAAGGCUGAAGAGAAUCGACUCGAGCGGGAAAGACAGAGGAAACUGAGAAUCGUGCAGUCCCAGCCGAGAAUUCCGUAUCGCAUACGAAGCUACAAAACUAUCACUGUUGUCACGAUCUUGGCUCUGGGUCUGUAUGCCUUUUUGAAAACUUCAUCGGGACUCAACUGACACUAGUGCAGAAUUUUUCUUUUCUUUCGGGGUAGAAUUUAUUGGGCUACAAAACCAAAUUACACUUUUUAUAGCGAAUACAUGUAAAUAUCGAAGAGUUGUUCAAUCUAGAUCGAAUGCUGCUAACAUUCAAAGAGUCACUUUAGUGUAUCAUUUUAAAUGUAUUAUUUUGCGCUUGGAAUCCGCCUGUUGGGUAUCUCAAAGUUAUUGGAGCAUUGUUAAUGAAAAAGAGCAGUAAAUAUCGAUUCAAUUUAGCUACAUUAUAUAGCUACCCAACAGGCGUAUGUCAUGGUAAACAGAUUUGUUACGUACGUAUGAUAAUGUGUGCGCAAGUUGCCGCGGAGUGGCAGUAAAAUAGCACUUUAUUGUACUGCGACAAGCGGCACGUAAAGUGACAGCAGGGAGGAAGAGGUGAGAGAAAAGAGUGAGAAGAAUUCAUUUUAAAACUACUUUGAAGCAAGAAGUGGAUUUUAGGUUAAUAAUGUCGUCCUUUACGUGCGUGCAGUUGGUGGUACAAUCAAGCGCCAUUUUACAGAAAAAGGGCGCUCAUUCGACCUAUUUCAGACCAAUUGUCGUAUGCACCACGGCAGUAAAGUUCAAAUUUUACUCCCUACGUACACAAUAUACUAUUAUUGCAUUUAAAUGUUCUUGUUAUCUGUAAUUUAAUGAGUUAUUAUUCUUAAAACCUACAGUACCGCCCAGGAAUGCGAGGACGCAACAAAUGAGAGAUAAUCAUUUUAAAGAAAGCAUUGCAAAUUUUUUUUUAAUUCUGCCUAAAGUGGACCCUAUUUGAAUGUUUUUUGAAAGAUUGAAACUCAGUAAAUCCGUGCGAACGGCCGAUGAAAUUUCGGAUGUUUCAUUUUCAUGAUUCAACUUGAACUGGUAAAAUAUACGAAAACAAUGGUAAGAAUGCUCAAGUCAUGUACAAAGAAUCCUCAAAUAUUCUUUUUCAAAUGAGUUGAAAAACAAAAAUGUAUUGUAAUAAUUCGAGAAACACGAGAUAUUUUUACAAUUUCUUAGGUUCAUUUAGAAAAGAAGACUUCAAAGUCCAUUUUACGUGACUUUCAAAUUCUGACCAAUAAUAUUUGUCCACAUUUUUCCAAAAGUCAGACUGGCUUGUUGUGUAAUUUAGUAAACUUUCCAACGCUUUUUUAGAAAUGAUUCACUCUAAUUUUGUAUCGGCAUUUUCCUGCGAGAAGUGAGUGCAUGUUUUUAAUAGCUCGUUUCUUAGGUGUCCUCAUAGACCUGGGCGGUACGGUAUAUGAAUGAAAAAUAAGAUGAGAUAUCGUGAUAUAGAACUCUGCAAAAGAAAUUGGAAAGUUUUCCUUGAAAAUGUUGCUAAUGGAUAAUUAUUAUAGCUAUUUAAAGGCGCGUACCAUUCAAGCCGCAGAGUAACAGGGCGAGAAAUAAUUACGUGUCGUAAGCAACGUGUAUCUGUAGCAUAUGCACAUUCUCGAAUAUUUUGUGAAUCAUAUAGCUUUUGACAAAAAAAGCUCUAUUUCCGACACCACUUGAAUUUCGUUGUUGCGCAUUGGUACAAACACGAUAGUCUGAUGAUGAAAAUAGUAGUUUGCAUGAACAGCCUUUAAAGUAUGAAAAAAAGACAUGUAUAGGUUGACAUUAAAAGUGGGUACAUAUAUCAUGAUUCUCACGAUUUAAGGUGUUUAGAUUCUUUAAUUUAGAUCAAGAUUGUAAACA